CACCUGUUUCACCAACUGAUUGAUAUUUUGCUCUUUAUGGCUCAGGGACGACAAUAAUGCUGCUGAUCUCUUAGGUAUCGGCGCUGGAGCGGGCUCCUCCAUCUUCGGCUUCCUGACUCGGAGCACUCUGCCGGAGGAGCGCGCGGGGAUCUUCGCAGCUGUCAUGGCCUGUCGACAGGCUGGCCUUCUCAUCGGGCCGGCGUUCAACUUGUUCCUGCGGCUGUGUGAUUUCAAGCUGGGACCUUUUGUUGUGAACAAGUACACGUCUCCCGGGAUCUUCAUGUGCCUGCUGUGGCUGCUGCUCCAGUUCGUGGUCCUGGUUCUAUACUGGGACGUACCUCCCAUCAAAUCAGAGGAGGAAGGCCUGCGGAUGGAGAUGAAACAGGAGGAGGACGAGGAAGAGGAGGCGCCGCUGAUUAGGGGUGAUGAGCAGCUGGCACACACCUACAGAGCUGUCAACUCGGACCAGCUGGAGGACUCCUCCUCCUCCUCGUCUGAGACUCCUUCUCUCCACGGAGCCGCGAACCCCUUCAAAAACUUCAGCGCCAGCAGAGAGUUCCUGAGAGAGGAGGUGGUUGUUGUCCUCACGGCUCAGUUCAUCACUCUCUUCAAUCAGACGGCGCUGGAGACCAUGGUGACUCCUCUGACGCAGCGCUACUUCAGUUUCGGGGAGCUGGGCAACAGCCUGAUGUACAGCCUGUGCGGGGUGGAGGUCAUCCUGGGCUUCUUCUUCGUGCGCUGGCUGAGCGGGAAGGUGGCGGACCGUGCCGUGCUGGCCGGAGGCCUGGUCAUCUGCUGCUCCGCCUGCGUCUGGUGCCUGCUUUUCCUCUGCAACCCUCGAGGCGGGUACGAGUGGGAGCUGUCAGCCUUCAUCAUCGGGGUGUUCCUGCAGCUGCUGGGCCUUCCCUUCGUGGCUGUGUCGCAGGUGUCGCUCUUCUCCAAAGUCACUGCGGAGAAAACGCAAGGGUUUAGUCAAGGCAUCCGGCGCUCAGUUGGGGGCUUGGCCACGAUCUUGGGCCCGUUGUGGGCAGGAGGGCUAAUCAACAAUUUGUACAUAAUGCUGGGGAUGAUGCUGGCGCUUCUUGUAAUGGUCACAGUCAUGACGGCUCUGUCCUAUGAGCGGCUGGUGGAGCCCAGGGUGGUGCAGUGUGGCCAGAGCUCCGACAGCGGAGGGUAGAGCUGCACGCCGAGAGACGAAGACGGAAUCCCUUCACACCGUGUGUGUUAUGAGUGUGAAACUUGUCACUUGGCAUGUUGCGCCUCCUGCAUUUAUCAGUUUAUAUCCAUCCAUGUCAAUAUCACACUAUUAAUUAUAUUUUGCACAAGGGGGCACCAUUGCUCUCAUGUCAGAUGCUGGGAGGUGUAAUUGAGGAUGAAAGCCAUUAUUUUUAAAGUGAACUAUUUAUACUCUGUGGUGUUGAUUAAUAAAUAUCAGAGUGUAUUUUUCGGUGACCUGUGUGACAGAACGCUCA